CCGCCCGCCGCCGGGCGUCUCCGCGGGGGCGGGAGGAGCCGCGGCCGCUGCGCUCCCCGGCCGGGCGCUGGGGGAGCGGGCGGCUGGCGGGGAGCCGGGCCAUGAGGUUUCCUUUGCCUCAUCUGUAAACAUGUCCACAGACCUGCUAUGGUGUGAGGAUUGUGGUAAAAGCCUUAUAGGAGAAUGCAAACUCCAUGGACCACUCAUCAGGGCUAAAGAUAGAGUUAUUCCUAGCCGAGCCCGUCUCACCCUACCUCAUUACCUCACUUUGCGAGUGUUGGAGCUGCGAGCUGGAAACCAGCAAAUCCUUGGAGUAUUUGCAAAGAAAGUAAUACAGAAGAGAACACAGUUUGGACCUUAUGUUGGUCAACUGUCUACAAAACUGACCUGCUAUGAUGAAAGCAGGCUAGUUCUGCAGGUAUUGAAAGAUGGAGGGAAGUAUUUUCUGGACACUCCCAAUGAAGACUGUGGAAACUGGAUGAUGUUUGUCCGGCUAGCCCGGAACCAAGAAGAACAGACCCUUGUGGCUUAUCAGCACUGUGGAGAAGUCUACUUCACAACUGUUAAGCCAAUUGAGCCCCACACAGAACUGAAAGUAUGGUACGCUGCCGAUUAUGCCAAAUUUAUGGAAGCUUCUGCAGUCUUCAUUAAAGAGGAGUCUGACAUCUGUUCUUUGCCUCCAGUAGCGAAAGAGCCUGUAGACCCUUGGAUAUGUUCAAGCUGUAGAAACGCUUUUGCAACUUUUGCUCUUCUAGAAUCUCACCAGUGCAUCCAUAAAGACCGAGUCCUUACCACCAGGUUCAGAACACCAAAUAAAUUGGGACCUGUAAAAGGAAAAAGCAAACUCAAAGGGAAACUGAGAGGAGCAGCAUUAGGCAAAAGCAUUGCCCAAUGCUACGGGACCAUUUCCUGCUCCUCUGCUACAAAGCUUAGCUGUGCCAGCUCAGGAAGCACUUGUGAUGCUCUUGUGAGGUUUAUGCCUAAAUGGAGAAAUGGCCGGUCUUCACUGUUGAAGGGAAGAGAAGUGAAGCAGCCAGACAGUUACCCUUGCCGACUCUGUGGGAAGAUAUUUGAUUCCAUUGACAAGCUCACAGUCCACACUUAUGCGCACAAAGGGGAUCGCCCCUACAAGUGUUCACAGCACGGAUGCACAAAAGCCUUCAUUUCCAAAUAUAAACUGCUCAGGCACUCAGCCACUCAUUCUCCACAGAAAUCUCACCAGUGUGGCUACUGUGAAAAGACUUUUCACAGGAAAGACCAUCUAAAGAAUCACCUUCAGACUCAUGACCCUAACAAGAUGGCCUUCAAGUGUGAGGAGUGUGGCAAGAAGUACAACACCAAGCUAGGCUAUAAGAGACACCUGGCUCUUCAUGCAGCCACCAGUGGGGACCUUACCUGCAGGGUAUGUGCCCAGGAGUUUGGCGGUACUGAAGUUUUGUUGGAACACCUCAAAAGCCAUGCAGGGAAACCACCUGGCAGUACCAAGGAAAAGAAGCAUAAGUGUGACCACUGCGAGCGUCACUUCUAUACCCGUAAAGAUGUGCGGCGUCACAUGGUAGUUCACACAGGCUGCAAAGACUUUCUCUGCCAGUUUUGUGCCCAGAGGUUUGGGCGGAAGGACCACUUGACUCGGCAUACUAGAAAGACUCAUCCUCAAGAACUGCUGAAGAGCAGGUUGCAGAAUGGUGAUUCAGCGGGUGUCCUUGACCAGCUUUUGCCAUUCAGACUAAAGGAAGAUGCCAGCAUAUUGUCCCCCUUUCCUGAAAGGGUCUCUGGGCAGAAUGGAAUUUUGAAUAGUUCAGAAUCGGAGGAAUACAACACUUCACAUCUUCAUUCCCAGGCAAGUCUACAAACUGCUCUUCCUCUUGAACCUUCUCCUCAUUUGCAAAGGAUGGGCUGUGCAGACAGCCCAGUUGUCCAUCCCACACCAUGCUCAACAGCCGUUCCUGCCAGCCUGAACCUUCAUCAACCUAAUAAAUAUGACCUUAGUUCUACCUCAUUUGCAGCAGGAUCCCUUAAGAAUCUACCAAUAAAAGUGGAUGUUAAAGGUUACAACGUGCAUCUUCUUGAGGAAUUGCCAUUACCAGAACCUCAAUCUCUCCACAAAAUCAGUCUGGAAGAAGCUUCCUCAGGGCCUGUAGGGGAUACUAACAAGUACCCAGUGCACAAGGAGGCAGAGGUGGCAGCUGAAACUACGAGCCUGCCUUUCAUGGAUCUCACUCAUGUGAUGAGUUUCUGGCAGCUCCCACCAGGUGACAACCAGAACACUACUGGGGACAUCACAAUGGCAUUUGGUCCGGAGGAACCAUCACACAGGCUGAACGGCCUCGGCCAGCAGCAAGGUCUUCAGCUAGCAGCUGGUGGGAUGGCCAUAAACCAGCUGCAUCAUCUUCCUCGCUCCUUUCCAUCCACUACAAAUUCUGUAACGUUGCCUCAUUUUCACCAUGCCUUCAAAUAACUAUCACCGUGUUUUGAUUUUUCUCCUUCUUUUUUUAAGACUGUGCUUCGUACUUAAAUCUUUUAGGAUGGGGUGGUUUUGCUUUGGUUUGGUUUUUAUGAAAAACUGCCCCAAAUGUUUUCAAAGCACGUUAUGAACAUGGUAGUUAAAUUCAGGAUGUUAAUAAACAAGAAGCUCUAUUUUUCAUACUACUAUUAGAUUUUUAGCAUAUGACAAUAGUAGAACUAACAUAUUUCCCUUAACACCCUCUAUAUUUUUAUUCCUUUCACGCAAACGACUGAAUAAAUAUCUUCAAUGAUAGCAAAGCAUCAUAACAGGGACAGUAAAAGUAUGACUGCUGCGGUAGGAGAAAUAGGGUUAGGAUGAAUGGGAGGAAGGGGGAAAUCACAGAAAAAUAAUUUUAAUGAGCCACAAAUCACAGCAAAUUUAUUCAUGUGGCAAAUGUAAUGAACAAUUUAUCAACAUCACAUAGAUUUACGUUAAGAACUUAAUUACUGAACUUUAUGCCUCUUUAAUUUAAAUCCGAAUCAUUCCACGAGUAAAUCUUACCUCCUUGCUUAAAAACUAAGAUGAUCACUAUUCUGAUUAUGUUUAACUAGAUUCUGUUUUCUGGAGUGCACUUCAGCUGUGUGCAUCAUCUCCUGCAUUUUUUCCUAGGACUGGAAAUAACUACCACUUCUGAAUGACUGUAUAUGAACUGAUGUCUUGUAUAUGUCCAGUUUUCAGAAUGGGAAGUGAAUUGUCUUAAAAAUUAGAGCAAAACAUUAAUUUUUACUUAGGGCUGGAUCUGGCAAGGUGUCAGACACCGGUCUUUCUCUGACGCUCUAGUAAAGCACUUAAGCAUUUGCUUAAAUUUAAGCAUAUUUUAUCCCUUUGGGUCAACAGCUUGAUUGAUUUAACACUCAAUAAAAAAUAACACUUCCUACUUAAAGGGGCCUUUAUUCAGCUUUUGUUGAUAAAAAUGGCCUUUGUUAAAUCUGGGAAAUAACCAUUAAUUGUAGCCAUCUGAAAUGUGGAUUCCUUCAUGGAAAGCUAACCUUGUCCAGGCAGCCUGUGACCACUGGGAGCUCUGUGGGGGCAGGUCCAUGCAUAGCAGGAUUGUGGUGGUGAGCUCACCGUUGACCCUGUUCAAAACCAGGUUCUGAACCUGCUUCACAAUUGUCACCUGAAAUUACUGGGUAUGAUUAAGACCAUUCUAAUAGCAGAGGUUUGCUCAGUAGUGUUGGGACAGCUGCAGUUGGACUUCCAGCCUUUGUUUCUUCCAAACCAGAAUGACAGGGACUUUUGUUUGUUUCCUAAGGUAAAUUAGCCAUGUACAUUUCCAGUUGAUGGUGUGUUGGUGUGACAGUCCUAUCACCGGAUGUGUGAACUACCAGAAAUUGCUAGGAUCCCAGUAGAUGACAUUAUUAAAAAAAAAACCAAACAUCCGAAUUCAUCAAAAAUUACUUUUUUGCUAACCCAUGCUUAUAAAAAAGUCCUGGGUUUAGUGGAUGAUGCAAUUACUGAUGGCUCCUGUUGCAGCUAAAACAGACACUGACUCUCUGAAUCUGAGUAAAUUCUCAAACCCUGAGUGAGCAUGUUAUCUUCUCCCUCAUUAAUCACAGGAAUAUUUCCGGGCAGCUUCAAAUAAAAAAUAUUUUUUAAACUAUUGCUGUUUUGCUGUUUAUGAACUACAGUGACAUUGUACAACUGCAGUGAUCUAAACAUUCUUACAAGUUUGUCAGCACUUGGGUUAAGGAACACUUGUAUUAUUGCAGUUCAUGUGAGAAGACUUUCACAUACACCAUUGAGGGGUAUCUUUUUGUUAUGAAAAUUGUUGGCAAAAGGCAAACCAGAAGAAAUUUUAAGAUCAGUCUUGUAACGACAACAGCAGUAGGAAGAGCAAGUGCUUGCACAGUCAUGGCCAGGUAGCAGUUAUUUAAAUUACAAGUUCCAGAACAGGGAAGAGGUUGCAAACCAUGUUAUGUGCACAGCCAGGCUCGUAUUUUCAUCCAGCCUUGGAAGGGUGUGUAUGUAUGUGCACUUACUGCAUUGUUUUCCUUGUUCAUGCAAAUUUUAUUCCCUUGGCUUCAUCCAAGCUCAUGUA